AUGACACCACCCCCAAUCCCACCCGUCUCCCUCUACCCCGCCGACUUCGAGACCUCCUUCCCGACCGUCUCCCCAAAUUCCCCUCCCUUCCCCUCUCUAAUCCCCAUUUCCCAUACCACAAAUCGCAUUUCCCUCGUUCCGCUCUCUGCAGACCACAUCCCCAACCUCUGGAAACACGUCGGCGGAGCGGAAAAAUAUGUGCUCUACAAAUAUAUGCCCGGCGGACCCUUUAACACCAUUGAAGACUUCACAGCAUAUCUCACGUGGCUUGUUAAUUACUCUGAAUCUAGCUUCGUUAAUUGGGCAAUCAUCUUACCAAGUGGAGAAGCCGUGGGAAUCAUAAGUCUGUUGAAUAUUGUACCAGAUCAGAGGAGAAUUGAGGUUGGACAUGUGUUAUUCUCGAAGGUACUGCAGAGGACCACAGAGGCGACGGAAGCUUGUUUUCUUUUGAUGGAUUACUGUUUUAAGUUGGGGUAUGAGAGGGUGGAGUGGAAAUGUAAUGCGGAGAAUAUGGGAAGUAAGAGGGCGGCGGAGAGAUUGGGGUUUGUGGCGGAGGGGCUUUUCAGGAGACACAUGGUCGUGAGGGGACGGAGGAGGGAUAGUUGGUAUGCGAGUGUGAUUUUGGAUGAGUGGGAGGGGGUCAGGGGGGCACUAGUAGAGUGGUUGGAGCUGGAGAAUUUUGAUGAGAAGGGGGGGCAGAAAAGGAAAGUGGAGGAGAUCAGGGAGGAAUUGCUGAGGAAGUUUGACUAG